CAUGCAGAAAUUAUUUUGAAGUGACUAGAGAACUUCCGCGAGUCCGCGAGGUGUGUGUGUGUCGAGAAGAUCCGUCGUCCCCCAAAAACCCGCCCGCGAGCUGGUUCACGUUAUUUUCGGAACGUUAGCAUCCGCAUUACAGUGAACGUGCGCACCCCCUCGGCAGACGAGCAUUGUGAUUGCUUCUACGUUUUCUUGGUUCUGCUCCCGACCCUGCUCCUCAUCGUUCGGUUCACUUACCGUUGAAGCGGAUCUGAUAUCCGACGGCACCGACCAACCGCGAGGUAGAGAGCGCGAGAUAAACACCGCAAAAUGCCUUCCAGCGAUCCUUUGCCUCCGAAGGAAAGUGCCCUGUUCCGUAAGAUACUGAAAUGUUACGAAAUGAAACAAUACAAAAACGGACUGAAGCUGGCGAAGCAGAUCCUGACGAAUCCAAAGUUCACCGAGCACGGCGAGACACUGGCCAUGAAGGGUCUAACACUCAAUUGUCUUGGGCGUAAGGAUGAGGCAUACGAUCACGUGCGGCGCGGACUACGCAACGAUCUCAAGUCGCAUGUUUGCUGGCACGUGUAUGGGCUGCUGCAGCGUUCGGACAAGAAAUACGAUGAGGCAAUUAAGUGCUACCGGAAUGCGCUCAAGUGGGAAAAGGACAAUAUACAGAUCCUGCGCGAUCUGUCGCUGCUGCAGAUCCAAAUGCGCGAUCUCGAGGGCUACCGAGAAACGCGGCACCAGCUCUUCAAGCUGCGCCCGUCUCAGCACGCCAGCUGGAUUGGCUUUGCUAUGAGCUACCAUCUGCUCGGUGAUUACGAGACGGCCAUCAACAUACUGGAGUCCUUCCGAGCGUCGCAAACAACGGAAACGUACGACUAUAAACAUAGUGAGUUGUUGCUCUACCAGAAUCAGGUGAUCCGCGAGGCGGGCAAUUAUGAGAAGGCGCUGCAACAUCUGAAGGAGUGCGGCCGCCAGGUGCUGGACAAACUGGCCGUGCAGGAGACGAUGGGCGAUCUGUGCCUUAAGCUGGGCCGCCAUGACGAAGCCCGUUCCAUCUACUGCGACCUGCUGUCGCGCAAUCCGGAGAACACGGACUACUAUUGGAAGUUUAUGGAGGCAAGCAAGCUGACCGGCGACGAAGAGCUGAUUGAGGCAUACCGCACGAAGCAGCAGGAAUAUCCUCAAUCGUUUUGUGCCCGUCGGUUACCGCUCGAUAUCGCCAAAGGUUUGGUGUUUCGUGAGCUUGUCGACGAGCAUCUGCGGCGUAACCUUCGGAAAGGGGUGCCACCACUCUUCGUGAACCUUCGAUCGCUCUACAAGGACAAGGAGAAGGUACAAAUCAUCGGUAGCCUGGUGGAAUGUUACUACCAGAACCUUAUCAGCUGCGGGUACUUUUCGACGGCCGACAAAGAGAACGCGUCCGUCACGAAGGAACCGGCGUCGGCGCUGCUGUGGACCAUGUACUAUCUUGCGCAGCACUACGACCAUCUGCGUGAGUCGGAGAAGGCACUCGAUUUCAUUAAUGCUGCCAUCGAGCACACGCCGACGCUGAUCGAACUGUUCGUUACGAAGGGCCGCAUUUACAAGCAUGCCGGGGAUGUGCUGGAGGCUGUUAAGUGGUUGGAUGAGGCACAAAGCCUAGACACGGCCGAUCGCUACAUCAAUUCGAAGUGCGCCAAGUACCUGCUACGAGCGAACCAGAUCAGCGACGCAGAAGACAUAUGCGCCAAGUUUACGCGCGAAGGUGUAUCGGCCAUGGAAAAUCUCAACGAAAUGCAGUGUAUGUGGUUCCAGACUGAGUGUGCCCUAGCGUAUCAGCGCCUAGAGAAGUGGGGCGAAGCACUGAAAAAGUGUCACGAAAUCGAUCGUCAUUUUUCUGAAAUCAUCGAAGAUCAGUUCGAUUUCCACACGUACUGCAUGCGGAAGAUGACUCUUCGCUCGUACGUCGGUUUGCUACGGCUGGAAGAUGUUCUACGAAGGCAUCCGUUCUACUUUAAGGCAGCGAAAUGUGCGAUUGAGGUCUAUUUGCGACUUUUCGACAAACCUUUAGCUGCCGAAUCGGCUGCCGAGGAGCUUGACAUUGAAAACUUGCCCCCUACCGAGCUUAAGAAGAGGCGCAACAAGCAACGUAAAGCACAGAAGAAAGCGGAACAAGAGAGUGCCCAAUCGAAGGAGCACCAAAAGAAGGAGCAACAUAACAAGAAGCAACUGUAUCAGGACGGUGAUCCCGAGGCGCCACAGUUGGAUGAGCUAGUGCCGGAAAAGUUGGCCAGGCCAGACGAUCCACUUGAAAAAGCGAUCGAGUUUCUCAAGCCCUUGCAGUUGUUGGCCAAAGACAACAUCGAAACGCACCUAAUGGCAUUCGAGAUCUACCAACGGCGUGCCAAGCUGCUUCUAAUGUUACAAUCAUUGAAACGUGCCCACCAGCUGGACGCCGGCAAUCCAACCCUACACGGGUGCAUUGUAAGGUUCCAUCGCGUCCUCGAGGAGCGCCAGGCCGUGGGUGACAUCGAUCCGAGCGUGCAAAUCGUCAUCGAUCGCCAGCGAGAAAAUCUAUUCCGCGGCCACAUGACGGCAGUCGCCCUAAAUGAUAGCUAUCGACAGGAAAACUGCCACAAUCUCGACGCCGUCUACGAAUCGGCCAAAAUAAUGUUCACACUCGACAACAAGCGACGGGAAGAGGCAAUCGCCAUGCUCACAGGUUGCGAUCUACAGAAUGUCCCACUGGAGAAAGCGACCAAACUAUUUUUGCUGCUCAAAUCCGGCUACUUCGGCUCGUUGGAUGAGAAGCUACCCACGUUCAAGAAGCUCUGCCAGAAGCGGUUUCCCCUGGCGGUGGUGUUUGCCGACGUAACUGCAACGCCCAUCACGACACUGACCACAACAUCCGCCUCUGGUGCGGCGGAAAACACGAACACGAGCGUUACGGAUGCAGGCAGCGCCCGUUGCACGAUGACAGCGAGCGAACAAACGAAAUCGGCCAAUGGCCCUGAAAUCAAAUCACAAAACUAACACAACCCAUCUACCCGUCGGCGGGCAGAUACUAGCAGACUAGAUAGCAACGCUGGUUGCGUACGUGUUCUGAAGCCACAGGCCAGUUGAGUUCGUGGUGGUGGUGCUGGUGGUUCUCUGUCGUAUCGCACCACCGAUCCCGCAACCUUCAAGAAACUGAUCCCUUCUGCCAUUCGUACGACAGUAGUUCAUAGCAUCGUGAAACUGCGUAAAUAAAAGUCCCCGCAAAAGCAUCAUCAGCGACACACCAUCAACAUGAUCAUCCUCGAACCGUAGAACGCAGCAAGGAAAUUGGCGCUUUGGAACACUUUCUAUUCUAUCAUUUUUUUCUUUUCCUUUGCUGCAACCGUUGUCCUUCGUUUGUUUGUUUGUGAAACUAAAACUAAAUAGGAAAUAGAUGUGAGGAUAGUGGAGAUAAGAGGAAGAAAAACGAUGUCAUACAUUCGGCCGGGCUGGGCGACGACUACAUCCUGAACCGAUCGGGGGAAACUCUAGUACAGGAUGGCUUCCGUUUUGGCUCUGCCUAAAAUGCCCGGGACGAUCACUGUGGUUGGAUUCGUUUUUUUUCGUACCUAUGAUUGCAAAGUACUUGCUGCUGUGAGUAAAUUAUGGUUUUCAUACACUUCACGCCAAACCAAAAUUGUAUAAUCUAGAUUAUGUAUGGUUUACUCCUGGUGGCAACCAUUCUCGUAAAUAACACCGUUCAACUGUUCAGCCAACGGUCGAGGCAUCCGAAAGUUGAUCUUUCUUUCCGCACCCUACCCGAAUGGAUCGUGUGAAGAGCAUGAGGAUGAUGGUACGCCUUUUUCCAUUUUCUUGCCCUCGCCAACAUAAUCAAAUAUUUGUCGAUAAAUA